CUUUAUUCAUGCGAAUGAAUUCUCUCUUCUUUAUGUGUGGCUUGAAAAAUAAAAAACACUAGAAGGGGGCUCCGCAUGAAGAAUAACUUUUUUUUUUAUUUCAACAUGUCAACAAAGAAUCUUGACCAGUUCAAUCUAUUGUUAUCACAAUAUGCUCAAAUGGUUCUUCCAGCUGAAGAGCAAACAACAGACACAGCUUAUUUGAUAUCAACUCUCAACUCGCUUGAUUCAGUAGACCACAUCAAGAUCCUUGAUCAACAAGUAGUCGAACUUUUAGUAGCUGGAUGUAAAGCCAUUGGUCAUGACAACGAAUUAUCUUGUGCUUUUUACCAAUUUCUCUAUAAACAACUAUCAAAACAGAUACGCCUGAGUAGCAUUCGAUCUUCUCAAUUUGAUAUUUGCAUAAGCUAUCUUUUUAAUGGAUUAGACACAGCCAAGAGCAGCGACCAUCAAGUAAAUCUAUUACGAGCGCUAAGCGCACUUGUAUUUGAAAAUGCAGGCAACACUCAACGCCACUCCAAGAGACUAUCGGACACACUAUUAAGAUUUGCUAAUAAAUCGACAAAACCUUUAGAAGUGAGGCGCAUGGCAAUCAACUGUAUUGGCAAUGCGUGUGCUGGAGCAGGCACUAAGCUGCAACCCCUAUACCAAGACUUUUAUGCAUGUCUGCUCGAAAACAUUUGUACAGUCGAACGCACCUCUCAGGGCACCAUCAUGGUGGCUGCUCAUUCUCUGGAUUUUGCAGAUACGGCUGUUCGAAAGAUAGCCAGUUCAACACUCAGAUCGCUUCAGUUUUUACUGUCCCAGGACAAGUCGCUGAUCACAAACCCACUAUGUGAUAUGAUCGACAUUGUCUACACAUUCAUCUUUAUGAAUGUCUCGGUGCAGUCUUACAGUACAUCAUCAACGACUUCUAUUCGACGUAACCGAGUCUUUUCUAUCCGUCACUCUCAGUUCUCCUGGAAAAUACCAUCAUCGUCAUUACACAGAAUACCCAACCCAGCAACAAGCUCAGAAUCCGAGCUAUCCGAUUCAUCCAGUCUGACCGAAAUGUCGCCUCGUAAACAAAGAGAUUAUGCUAAAAUUAGGGUAAACGCACUUCUCUGUCUGUCUGCUAUAGCCAACACUGCUCCAAAGGUACUUUAUCCCUACUGGAAUAAAUUUUUACCAGACACGUUCUCUAUCUUCUUGUCAAACAAUGGUGGGCUAGAAAAUCAACUAUCACCCGUACUCAAGUCUGAUAACCAGCCGCAUUCAUUAUUCACAAUUUUACUAUAUGACCCUGUCAUGUCUGUUCGAAUAGCCGUAUGCAAUGCCUUGAUAGCUAUGCUAAAUGGUUCCAAACAGUACCUGAGUUUAGCCAUUGAAAAGAGUAAAAAAUCAUCAUUCACUACGUUAUCAGAACAUUUGGGCUCCAUUAUACAUGAUAUGCAUAAAGGCAUCAUAUAUGCUCUACAAAAGGAACAAACAGUACAGACUUUGGUCAUGAUUAUGAACGUAGCAACUGUCCUUGUCGAUAAUUGCUCAUAUGAUAAACUAUCAAAGCUUCAUUUACCUUUACUUUAUGACGCUGUUAAAGUGCAUUGGAAAGAACCAGCCUUACGCAGUGCCGUCCUAAAAGUGAUUGCAUCCAUGUUUAACACUAAACAAGAAAGCCUAAAGGAACUCAUUCAGCCUGAUCUCAUUGAUAUCACCUUAUUGGACGCCGUAAAACAGCAAGAAGACAAGGAUGUUUGCUCACAGGGUUGGUAUGUCUGCUCUAUAUUAACCAAAAACUAUUUUCAAGACACAAUGCCUGCUCUAUGGAAUAAGCUUGUUUCCGAAUUUGAUCAUAACUUGCCCGUUUCUUCUGCAAGCUUAAAGUUUUUCGAAGCAUAUGCUAGUGCUAUAGCUGAAGAUGUAAAGGAUGAUCAAGUUAAACCAGAGUACGUUGACUGGUGGCGGACGAUCAUCGAAAAAUACUCACAGCAAGCAUCUACGGGCUCAUCUGCUAUUCGUGUUGCCUCAUGUGAUUGUUUUGCAAGCAUGUCAAGGGAUAUAUUUGAAUGUCUUGGCUAUAGGGAGCAGAGGUUAAUCGUCACUUUACUCUAUCCGCUUGCAUCAGAUACGGAUCAUAAUGUGAGAGCAGCGGCCUGUAGAGCCUUGGGUGUCUUUGUGCUCUUUCCAUCACUCCGAGAAGAUCCACUGUUUGUGUCUGAUAUGAUGAAGGCAAUUUUGGAACAAAGAAAUGAUAAGAUUAUUCUAGUGCUUGUAAGAAGCAGUUGGGCAUUAGCAAACAUGUGUGAUGCUCUUGUUUUAGAAAGUGAAAAUGAAGGGUUUAAUCUAAGAGAGUAUAUGUCUACAUCAGAAUGGAUAGAUGUAUUGAGUUAUGCAACUAGCGCUGCUACUGACAAUGAGAAAUUACGAUCCAAUGCAGUUAGAACUAUUGGUAGCUUAUUAAGAAUAACACCAAGAGAAUACUUUGAGAAUACGCGUAUAGUAUCUCUCGUGUCGCAUGCGAUGGAUGGACUAGUGAAAAAUAUUGAAUCCGGUUCACUCAAGACACGAUGGAAUGCCUGUCAUGCUGUCAGUAAUGUAUUUUUGAAUCCAUACUUUCCUAUUGGCUAUAUAGGAGAAGAAGGAAGAGGAGGAGGAAGAGUUUAUCCAUGGACACAUGAUGUAUAUGAAGCAUUGACUCAAUCAUUAGUCGAAUGUAAAAACUACAAAGUGAGAAUCAACGCUUGUUUAGCAUUAAGUAUCCCCAAGAAUAAAGAAAAGUAUGGAAACAAGUUAGAUAUGAUUUUAUCAUGCAUAAAAAAAGCAUGGGAUAAAUGUCAAGCAACUGAAGAAUAUAGUGAACUCAAGUAUAAAACACAACUAGAGAAUCAAGUAAGCAACCGGAUAAAAAUACCAGAGUCUAAUUAAUAACAUGCCUCUAGAUAAAGGUGUCUUUAAAGCACUUUAAAGAACAAGGAGUGUCUCUAUCAGAUUGGCCAAAUUUAGAACUAUAGUAAAAAAUAAAUUUCACAUGAAAAUAAUGAAAAAGAAAAAAAAAGUACUAUCCCC